GGCCAGCGGGAGGCGGAGGCCGCCGUUGCGGACACGUGCGCGGAAUGGGUCAGCAAGGUGGAGAUGGCCAUCCCUUUUGCCGGCAACAUCGAUGAGGAGCAGCACCACCUCUACAUGGGCACAGUAGAGCAGAGGGCAUGGGUGCCCGCAAAGCCAGAGCUCGCGCUACAUCGCGCUACCCCAGGUAGGGCCCAUAUGAAGUAUGCGGCGGCUGAAUACAGGGGCAUUUGCGCGACCUUGGCGGCGAGGUGCCGCGCGCUGAGGGCCACUUGCACGGGCCCCGGUCAGCAGCGCCAGUGUUUGGCAGAGCUGUGCAAGGAGAUCCAGAACAUGAAAUGCCUCGACCAGGGCGAGGCCUUCGGGAAGAACGCUGCCCAGCAGGGGAUGGCAUGGGCGCAUGAGGAGGCCUUGAACCUGGAGAACAGGAGCCCUGGCGAGGUGCGGAAAUAUUUGGGCGCCAUCGAGAGACACCACGCAGUGGCCCGCGCGGGGGGCCUCACCAUCCAGCGCCAGAAUUCCACGAAGUGGGCGAAGCAGACGUCGGGGGCCCUCCGCAGGCACGUCGAAGAGAAGGUCGCGCCGACCUUCGAGCCGGCGGCUUUGCGGGAGAGCAUGUGGACGGACCCAGUGGACGCGAGGGAACAGCAGGUUGAGUCCUUGCACUCCCUGGCGGUGGAGGCUACGCAGCAGGAGCUUCCGGAGUUCACG